AAUUGGAUGUUACCCAAAUUUUGGCCACUAGUGUAACAUGAUAAAAUGGCGUCCCAUGACAUCAGUUAUGCAACCUUAUUGGAUGGCUUGAAUCAAUGAUUUUCUGUUACUCAUAGAGACAUAAGGGCUUUUUCUUUAUAGAGGAAAUACCCCAGUCUGAAUCCUGUGUUUUGAUGAGUCUUUAGUUCACUUCCUUCUUCUCAGCUGAUUUGAUCGGUUCUCCAGUUUUGAGCAGCUGUGCAUUAACUUCGCCAACGAGAACCUGCAGCAGUUCUUCGUGCGGCAUGUGUUCAAGCUGGAGCAGGAGGAGUACAACCUGGAGAACAUCAACUGGCAGCACAUCGAGUUCACCGACAACCAGGACGCCCUCGACAUGAUCGCCAUCAAGCCCAUGAACAUCAUCUCGCUCAUCGACGAGGAGAGCAAGUUCCCCAAGGGUACUGACACUACCAUGCUGAAUAAACUCAACUCCCAGCACAAACUGAACACCAAUUACAUCCCCCCAAAGAACACUUACGAAACCCAGUUUGGAAUCCAGCACUUCGCUGGGGUGGUUUAUUAUGAGACGAGGGGCUUCCUGGAGAAGAACAGAGACACCUUGCAUGGCGACAUCAUCCAGCUGGUCCACUCCUCCAGGAACAAGUUUAUCAAACAGAUUUUCCAGGCUGAUGUUGCUAUGGUAAUGUUGCUAAGGGAUCAUUAUUAGGAUGUGUCUGCUGUGACGGCGUGCUGGAAUGGUUCGGAAUGCGCGAUUGUCAUUAUUCCCUAAAUGGAUUUGAUUGUUACAUCACCAUCUCCUGAAAUAACCUGAACCCCCCCCUAGACAGACUAACCAGGGCUACUCAUCCAGGUAACCAACCAGGUGUUGAAACCAAACAACCAACCUGAAGUCGUAAACCAGGCUAAUUCCUUUAGUCGUGCUGAAGACCUUGUUGCAGGUGAAGUCGUAUUCAGUCGAACCCCCUUCCCUUGUCUGUUUCUACUCUGGCUUUGCUAAUGAGACCUCUCUCCUCCCUCCGCCUGAAUCGCCACCUCUGCACCUCAGUUUCUGUGUGGCUAUGCCGCCGGUGCUCUUCUCAUUCCGUCAGACAUCCCUCCUUCAAAGGUAACGAUAAUUCACGCCCACGUUGCUGCUCUCCCGACUCCCAUGAUGCAUCUGCUGCUAACCUGCCCGGCUCUCCCUGCCGCUGCUGCUGCGCCCAUCCUGCCGCUUAUCCAGUGACCCCUUCCAGUGGUCCUGAGGGCAGCACAUCCUGCUUAGCUGCUUGCUCCAGGCUGGGUCAUAAACCACUAUCCAGUGUGUCACAACAAGCCCGACCAGCUUAUUUUCAUCAGUUCAUUGCAUGAGGUCAUUUCCUGGAAUGUUAACAGUCUAGAAUAUUCAGGUAUGCGUGCUGAUUCUGGACAAGAAGGGUAUUCACAACCAUGAAGCCUGCUUGCUACAUGGAUUGUUGCUGGUUGAAAGCUUCUUGAACAAUUAGACCUGUUUACACACUAGAUGUGUAACUGUGGGUCUUAGUUGUAGUCAGUUGUGAAAUGAGUGUCGGAUUUAAACAUUGUAAUAUAGUAUAAUUACACAAACUAGAACUUUUACAUUCUUGAUUAUAUCUUGGGAGAUCUUCUCACUUCAGUCAUUGUGGUCUGUGCUUCUUUAAGCAGGUCCUUGUUUUUCUUUUGUGGGGUUUAUGUUACCUGUCUUGUCAGCAAAAACGUU